AUGUUUAGAAAUGUGUUCAAGAGCGGUAUAAGGGCCGCCUAUAAUGUCUCAGACACUGCCACAUUUCAUACAGAAUGUUGGGCUGUUUACCCAGCCAAACACAAGCAAACGGGGAGAAUUGUUUCUGUAUUUAUUUUCGAUAAGACACAAUUUGAAAGCCUCGUCAACAGAAUUUGCGCCCAAUCUCCCAAUACUAAGAACCCCAAACUCAUUACUGCAGAAUGUUUCGGCUUGGUGAAAGCUGGAGUCUCUAAUCUCGCUAAGCACAAGCAUCCUCAAAUACUCACUGUCAUUGAGAGUCUUGAAGAAACCAAACUGAAAUUUAUAUAUGUGUCGGAGCCCGUCGUGGGAAACCUACAAACGGUCAAGCUAGAUGAAGGCAGUACUCUCGAAAUACAAAAGGGCAUCUUGGAGCUCUCCAAAGGUUUACAAUUUUUGCACAACGUUUGUGGCAUGAUACAUAUGAACAUUCAACCAACCUCCAUAAUGAUCAAUAGUCUGGGUGAUUGGAAAUUGUCAGCCUUUUACUUUUUACAGUCUUUAGACACGGCUACUCCAGAUGAACGAGAGAACUUUUCAAUCAUGAACAUUUCUUCUGUUGUUCCUUUUGCCAACCUCAAUUUCAGCUUCGUGGCUCCUGAAUUAAUCAUAGAUUCAACAGGUUUACGAUUAAGUCCAGCUAACGAUAUUUGGUCGUUGGCUCAGCUCAUCUUCUAUCUCCAUAAUGACGGCGAAUGCCCAAUUAGCUGUUUUGAUGCGAGCAGUGUGAAUGAGUAUAAACAGGUUUUCAGAAAGUUUGAGCAAAAGUUUUACAAUCAUCGAUUGAGCGAGUUGCGGUAUAUAUUCAAAAAUAUCCCUGAGGGCUUGUGGCAAAUUUUAACACAGAUGCUUGCAAGAUAUCCUAAUGAUCGACUCACGAUCAACCAGUUUAUCGAUGGCGAUUACUUUGAAGGAAGUCUCAUAAAAACUAUGUGGUUUAUUGAUGAAUUCGGUACCAAAACACUCGAAGAAAAAAUUAUUUUUCUUGAUGGCAUCUUAGGGAGUUCAGGUAUGUUGGCUGACUUGCCUUCAUCAUUUAAACACAACAAACUUCUUCCACUACUUGUUGAUUGUAUCAAUACAGAACUAGCUUCCACCUCCACAAAGCCGUUAUGUGAAGAAGUGAACUCAUUUGUAUCAAAAGCAUUCACUUUGGUCUUGAUGAUCGGACAGAGUUUGUCGAAGCUUUCUUUUCAAGACCGAAUUUUCAAACCGCUCCUCACCGUUAUUAAAUCAAAAAAGUCUACUAAGAGCCCUUUAGGGCUCAUGGCGGCCUCUUCGGUCAAAACUCGAUUAGUCUUCGUGGAUAACUUGGAUAUAUUGAGACAAAAAUUGAAUUCGAAAGAUUUAGCGGCUGUUUGGAAAGCUCUUUUAACGUUCAGCCUUACAUACAUGCCCGUUGAAGGAGACUCUCAAGCAGAUCAAAUAAGACUUCAAGACUCAUAUUUAGGCAGUUUGGAUACGGUGAUAGAAGUUUUUGAUUUUUCAUAUAUCAAGAACGACUUGCUUCCACUCAUAUGUCUGGUUUUCAAGACAACCACAGUGUUGUCCACAAAAUUGUGCACGAUUGAAACAUUCAAGUUGCUAGUGACCCGAAAGUUGAUAGAUCAAGAAACAAUUGUGGACGUCAUUCUCCCAGUGUUCGAAAAUCUAAAGAGUCGUGACAAUAGGAUCAUUCGUUCAGUAAUCAGUUAUUUUGUUCUGCAAAUUGAAAGUGACAUCAUCAGGCAGUUGGAUAUAUCCGUUGAAAGGCUGCUUUCUCAAUGUCUUCGUCUAGCAUUUGCUUGUGAAAAUUGUACUCGAAAUGAGUUUCAAGAUUUCAUGAAAACAAUCAAAUCCAUGGAAAAUACCCUAGCACAAAAAAGAUUAGACGAAUUGCCUAGUAAACCCAAGUUUGCAGCAGAAGCAGAGGGCCCCGUCAGCUUUGAUUCUUUGAUCAACUCAGCGCUGAUUAAGGGGCAGUCUGAAACUGGCGAAGUGCCAAAAUACACAACUAUGAAACCGAUUCGAGAUUUCUCCAAAUCAAUGAACGAAGAGAGUAAAUCAAUCGAGUCUCAGCCUCAAGCCACCUCCAACAAUACCGGAGCACCAGCUAAACCCUUAGAUCUCGGAAAUAGAAGACCUUUGUCAAGGACAAACAACAGUGAUGCCGCUAUGACUCUCAAUGGGCAAAAUCAAGGUAUAAAGGGAAAUUCUUUCGGAGCUACCAACCGGAACCUAGACAACAUCAACUUACUUCGAGAUCGUACUCGCGGUCCAUCCACUUCAGUCAGCAAUACAAAGAUUCCGCCGGGCUUUUCAAACACAACGUUAGUGCCGAGCUUGGUCACAAAAACAAGAGAGAAUUCAGAAGUCGACUUGAUUUGA